UACGAGGAAUCGGCUAGCAAACAGCCUGUUGAAUACAGUUCUCCCCGAGAUAUCACGUUAUUGAAUUAAAAUCGGCAGAAAAUGACCAACUCGCAUUUGUAAUGUUAUUCGAAAGAAGGAAUUUUCCGUAAACAGGUCAAACUGUCGACCUGUCGUGAAACAAUAUCUUCACCUAACGAGUAGCUUCACAACAUGCUGAAAUUCAACUUCAGGAGGGAUAAAGACCAGGAGUUUAGACAUAUAGCUCCUGGUUUGAUCCCUGCUGCCUCCAUUGCUCCCAAACCUGCUGUUCCCCGUACUCCUCCUCCUCGCAGCCCGAGCCCCUCACCUGAGAGACCCAGGUCAGCCUUAGCAGCGGCCAUCUUGUCUUCCUCACUUACUGGACAGACAUGGGCCUUACCUCCUAUCAGACCGAGAUCUUUCUCUGAGAGUGACCAAUCAGAGUCCUUCAUAUCUGAACCAAACAUCAGCACAGCACUUUACACCAGAGACAGAUGGUCAGAAGAUUUGGCCAGCCGGCCACGCUUGUCCUCCCCUGAGCACUCGGAAGAGGAGUUGAAAGACAAGGAAGAUGAGGUGGAUGAUGAAGAGGACAGAGAAGAGCAUGUUUACCAAACUUUGGGCCGACAGGAGAACUGCUCAGUCACAGAACCUGUCUAUGCCGUGUCACUGAAACCUAAGUCUGUCUUCCAGACAAGCACGACUCAGCUGACUCAGAUGUCAGAGGGAAGAGCUCCUUCUCCAGAAUUGAUUGAAAAAACCAGUGUGCAGUCACCUGAAGACAGCUGUAAUUCUUCCAAGAAGCAAGCCUCUGUCAGCCGGAGAUCUAGAAGUCGAAAUGAAGAUGUGACCGCUACACUACCCAUCCUUACCACCGACCAGCAGUCCCCAGCAGCAACCCAGCAGUCCCCAGAGCCCAGGAGAACGUACGGUGAAGCUCCGAGAGAGGCAGUGCGGGCGCCGCCAGAGAAGAACAGCAGGAUGGUAGAUGAUCAAAAGCUUCUGGAAGAGAGACUGCAACGCCUGGAACAGGAUCUCAGACACAGUCGGGCUUCUUCAAACCUGAGAUCAUCUGCAGGCAGCCAAGCAGAGCUACAGAACCUGAGGCAACACGCUCAGGAGCUGGUGGAUGAAAACGACGCCCUCAAACUGACAGUUCACCGUCUCAAUGUGGAGCUGAGCGGCUAUCAAACCCGCUUCAGACCUUUGUCCAAACUGGAGAGCUCCAGAAUCAGCGGCUUACCAAAGACAGGCUCUCCUCCUCCCUGGCUGCUUGACGUGAAGCACUUAUCUCCUCUGUUGCUGGCGUAUGAAGACAGGAUGAAUGAGAAAGAUGCACUUCUACAAAUUACUGAGGAGGAAGUGAAGAGGUUGAGAGUUCAUGUGGAGGAGGUAAUCAAAGAAAAUGAUGGACUCCAUGAUGAAAUUGCAAAGAUCGGAGGGGUCAGCCAAAAGGACUGUCAUCAACUUCAACAACAAGCCUUGCUGGUUUUGCAGGAGAACCAGGUUCUGAUUGAUCAGCUCGAGGCUCAGCAUGCUAAGGCCAAAGCCAAUCACAGCAGACACUAUUCUGAAGUUUCAAAGGUGUCGAAGCAACUGAUGUUGUUGGAGGCUGAAAAGCAGAGUUUGCAGAAGGACCUGGAAGAGAGCAGGAGGGAGCUGGAGAGAAAUGUUAGGGAGGUACAAGUUUUAAAGGCCCGCCUGGAGGAUUCAGUCACCUGGGACGAACACUGCAACAUUGCUGGGAAACUUAGACGGCAAUUGGAACAGCAGGAGAGCAGGAAUAAGAGUGAGAUGGAUGAAAUGCUUUUCAGGCUGUCUAGCCUGCAGGAGGAAAAUAGGAGUUUGGCUGUGGACAAAGCCAACCUGUCUGCAAAUUUAAAGAGACUGGAGACUGAGCUGGAGGUCACCGAACAAGCCAGCAGGAAGGCUGAGAGGAGGAUGAGCGUGUUGAAGAAACAGAAGGAUGAGUGUGUACUAAAAGAGGAAAAUACUCGUCAUUACAUGGGAGCUGUCAUUUCUGUGGCGGAGCACGUUUCCCGGGAGAGAGAUCAACUGCUACAGAUGGCUUCGGCCCUCCAGCAGGAGAAGCAGGGAUUCAUCAGCAGGAUUCUGAAAGGCACAGACCGAUUCGGAAAACUACAGGAAGAAGUCAAAGUGUAUCGGAGGAAGGCGUCAAGCAGACUGGCAGUGUUGGAGGAGGCAGCGGAGGGGAGGACAGAUUCUUACCAGAGGGAGAUCCUUCACCUGCAGAGGCUGCUGAGAGAAAGACAGGAGGCUGAGGAGAGACUGCUGCAGUCCAAACGAGAAGUAGAAGAAGAGCUGGAGGUGGUGUGGCAGGCAGCAACCAGAGAGAACCAGCAGAUAUGGAAGACUGUCCUGGACUCAAAACAUUCCCCAAACCUCCUUGAUCAGGCAACGACAUCAAACCAGCAGCAGCAGCAGCCACACAGCACAGAACCUCUCCUCUCCACAUCUCAUCAAAGCUCUACGCCUCAGAGAAAGGCCAUAUUGAAAUCUGACUCAAACAAUUCCUUUGACGAGAAGCAGAAGUAUGGGCUGGAUUUUUAUUGUUGAAACUUUUGGAGCCAUAACCUGCACUAAAGGAACAGGUGGUUUGACCAUUUGGCCUUGUCCACCAAGGGACCUCAUGAAUCUGUUUCUUCUUUAUUUACAAAGAUUAUUGCCAAUUUUGUCACUCCAAGCAUUUGUUAAUUCAUUGAAGAUAAAAAUAAAUCUGUUUGUAGCCUAA